AUGGAGAACUCGUCCAUCCUCUUCUUCACCAACUGCGAACUGGGCCAAGCAAGUAUCAUCCUGGCCGUAGCCCACGAGUUCCUCCUUCGCCCGUCCUACAGCGUCCACAUCGCAUCCUUUCCCAGUCUCGCCCCAGACGUCGACAUCCUCAACGAGCGAGCCAAGAUGCUCGCCUCGGCCACCACCACCGCUACCUUUCACCCAAUCAACGGUCCAUCCAUGGUCGACGUGUAUAGCCAUACUCCCGUCUUCCUGGACCAUUUCGACUAUCAUCAGAUCGGGUUUCGCGGGGCCAGCCAGGCGUUCAAUCAAUUUAUCCCGAUGCUGAUGAACCCGUGGGAUGGUUCUCAGUUCGUCGCUAUCUAUCGCGACUGCGUAGAUAUCAUCAAGAAGGUUCGGCCCGCCAUGGUCGUCCUCGACCCCCUGUUCGUCAUCGGUCUGGACGCAUGUCGCGUGUUGCGGUGGCCGCACGUCGUGCUGAGCCCGAAUACCGCGAAGGAUCUGGCUCCUCAGCCGUGGCUGGCGAAUCUGUGGAAAUACCCAGUUCUCUGCUCGGGAUACCCCUACCCCGUACCCUGGUACCUAAUCCCGCUCAACAUCUUCCUCACCAUCAAGAUCGCCCUGAUCAUCAUGGGCAACCAGCGCGUCCGCAAGCUGCGCGAUUAUCGAAACAAGCACGGCAUCCCCGGCCCAAACCCCCUCUUCGCCAGCCCCCCGGGUGACAAAACCCCCUAUCUCCUGGUCACCACCCCCGCCGCGGACUUCCCCUGCUUCGUCCCGCAGAACUUCACCCUCUGCGGGCCCAUCGUGCGUCCGUGUGCCCCCAUCGCGCAGGAGAGUCCGCAGCUCGCGGCGUGGCUGUCCCUGCGUCCCACCGUCCUGGUCAACAUGGGAUCCCACGUGACGUGCAGUCCGGAGCAGGAACGCCAGUUCGCCGAGGGAUUCCGCAUGCUGCUGGACAAGCGGAGGGACGUGCAGAUCCUGUGGAAGUUGAAGCGGCGGGGAGAGCGUCAGGAGUCGGCGCUGGAUUGUCUGAGGGAGGCGAUUGAGGGGAAUCGCGUGCGGAUCGAGUCGUGGUUGAGCGUGGAGCCGAUCUGCGUGCUGCUGAGUGGUCAGGUCAAAUGCAUGAUUCAUCAUGGGGGGUCGAACUCGUAUCAUGAGGCUGUGAGGGCUGGGGUUCCUCAAAUCGUCCUGCCUACGUGGUUCGACACCUACGACUUUGCGCAUCGUGCGGAGUUCCGGGGUAUUGGAGUCUGGGGCAAUCGCAAUACUGCUCCAGCCGUGAAGGGAGUGGACCUGGGGAAAGCGCUGAUUCGCGUGCUGGCGAGCGAGGAGUCCAUCGGCAUGGCAGAUCGAGCCAAGAAAGUGGUGACGCAGCUGGAGGGAGAGGGCCGCACGAUUGCCUGCGAGAAGAUUGUUGAUUUGAUUCGAAGCCAGAAAGACGAGAAUAAGUCCAGUGUCUCGCUGACCAGGCAGUGA